AUGCUAGAGAGUCUAUCACCGUCGCCGGUGAUCCCUCCACCGCCAGAUGGGGGUAUGAAAGCCUGGACGCAGGCCGUGAUGGGCCAUCUGGUAGCGUUCAAUACUUGGGGCUAUAUCGCCAGCUUUGGCGUAUUCCAAGCAUACUACCAAUCUGAACUCGGCGUUUCCCCUUCGGCCAUCUCAUGGGUGGGAUCUGUGCAAGUUUUUCUCAUUUUCUUCGUCGGGACUUUCUCCGGCCGUGCCUUAGACGCCGGUUUCUUCUACCAAGUGUACUACGUCGGGGUAGUCUUACAGUUACUCGGGGUCUUCAUGACUUCCCUUGCUACCCGGUAUUGGCAGCUUUUUCUCGCUCAAGGGGUCUGCACUGGCCUUGGUAGUGGUCUUCAAUUUUGCCCUGUGAUGGGCCUUGUGGCCACGUACUUCUCUAGUCGCAGAGUAUUUGCUUUAGCAUUUGGUCUCGUCGGGAGCGGGACCGGUGGUAUGCUCUUCCCGGGUUUAGUGAGGGCUCUUAUGCCUAUAAUUGGAUUCGGGUGGACAGUACGAGUGCUAGGCUUUGUGAUGGUAGCGACAAGUAUACCUACCACGCUACUACUCCAGCCGCGACUGCCCCCGCGAAGAUCGGGUCCAUUGGUCGAUUGGGUCUCUUUUAAGGAACCUACCUAUGUUCUAUUUAUCCUCGGCAUGUUCUUAAACUUCUGGGGGCUUUAUUUCGCCUUCUACUAUGUCGGGGCCUUUGGUCGCACCGUUCUAGGCUUGACCUACUCAGAUUCAACCACACUGAUCAUCGUGACCAACGGUGCAGGGAUUCUCGGUCGGCUUAUCCCUGCUUACCUAGCGGAUCGCUAUUUUGGGCCUCUAAAUGUCAUUAUCCCUCUAAGUAUUGGAGCUAGUCUGAUAAUGUUUUGUUGGGCUGCAGUGGACUCAACGGCAGGGCUCUAUGUUUUUGCUGUCUUAUAUGGCAUAUUUUCCAAUGGUGUGCAAGGCCUCUGGCCUUCGACACUCUCCAGCCUGACACCGGAUCUAAACAAGACCGGGACCCGUAUCGGCAUGGGAUUCACCGUUGUCAGCUUCGCCUGCUUGACAGGUCCACCUCUUGGCGGGGCUCUCAUUGCAAGGGCGCAUGGUUACAUCGGUGCCCAGAUUUGGGGUGGAUUGUCGUUUCUUCUCGGUGCUGUGAUCCUCGUGACCGCACGGUUGUUGAAAACCGGGACGACCAUGAAGGCCAAGAUUUGA